AUGAAACCGCCACCUCAACCCGUUAAGACAAAAGGUGCUCCGAAGAAAGUGAAGUCUACGCCAAAUGACAACUCGAUAACACAGUCUCCUUCAUAUUGUGAGCACGUCGACAAACUCUUUCUUAACUCACCUACUCCGAAAUCGCAAAAAUCUCAAAAGAGUUCAGACAAGGGAGCUCGCCUAAGCAAAUCGCCUCCGACACCUAUUCUACCACAAGUUUCGACACCUAUUGCUCCAUCAAUUGAAGAGGUACAAAUUGCUCCAAAAAUUCCAUUCAUUGACGAGAUGCCGAAUUUUAUGCAUAAAUACAUCGACCGAAUCGUUAAUGUGGCGGGGGACUGUAAUUGCGGAUUUUGGCCCGUAUCGGGUUUGCUUGGUAAGUGA